AUGACGGCGCCCUGGGCCGCCCUCGCCCUCCUCUGGGGAUCGCUGUGCGCGGGUUCCGGGCGUGGGGAGGCCGAGACCCGGGAGUGCAUUUACUACAACGCCAACUGGGAGCUGGAGCGCACCAACCAGAGCGGCCUGGAGCGCUGCGAGGGCGAGCAGGACAAGCGGCUGCACUGCUACGCCUCCUGGCGCAACAGCUCGGGCACCAUCGAGCUCGUCAAGAAGGGCUGCUGGCUGGACGACUUCAACUGCUAUGACAGGCAGGAGUGUGUGGCCACCGAGGAGAACCCCCAGGUGUACUUCUGCUGCUGUGAAGGCAACUUCUGCAACGAGCGCUUCACCCACUUGCCAGAGGCUGGGGGCCCAGAAGUCACGUACGAGCCACCCCCGACAGCCCCCACCCUGCUCACGGUGCUGGCCUACUCGCUGCUGCCCAUUGGGGGCCUCUCCCUCAUCGUCUUGCUGGCCUUCUGGAUGUACCGGCAUCGCAAGCCCCCCUACGGCCACGUGGACAUCCACGAGGACCCUGGGCCUCCACCUCCGUCCCCUCUGGUGGGCCUGAAGCCACUGCAGCUGCUGGAGAUCAAGGCCCGGGGGCGCUUUGGUUGCGUCUGGAAGGCACAACUCAUGAAUGACUUUGUGGCUGUCAAGAUCUUCCCGCUCCAGGACAAGCAGUCAUGGCAGAGCGAACGGGAGAUCUUUAGCACACCCGGCAUGAAGCAUGAGAACCUGCUGCAGUUCAUCGCCGCUGAGAAGCGAGGCUCCAGCCUUGAGGUGGAGCUGUGGCUCAUCACAGCUUUCCAUGACAAGGGCUCCCUCACGGAUUACCUCAAGGGGAACAUCAUCACGUGGAAUGAACUGUGUCACGUGGCAGAGACCAUGUCAAGAGGCCUCUCAUACCUUCAUGAGGAUGUGCCCUGGUGCCGUGGCGAGGGCCACAAGCCGUCUAUUGCCCACAGGGACUUUAAAAGCAAGAAUGUAUUGCUCAAGAGCGACCUCACAGCCGUGCUGGCUGACUUUGGUCUGGCUGUUCGGUUUGAGCCAGGGAAACCGCCGGGGGACACUCAUGGGCAGGUGGGCACGCGGCGUUACAUGGCCCCUGAGGUGCUUGAGGGGGCCAUCAACUUCCAGAGAGAUGCCUUCCUGCGCAUCGACAUGUAUGCCAUGGGGCUGGUGCUGUGGGAGCUUGUGUCCCGCUGCAAGGCCGCGGACGGACCCGUGGACGAGUACAUGCUGCCCUUUGAGGAAGAGAUCGGCCAGCACCCGUCACUGGAGGAGCUGCAGGAGGUGGUCGUGCACAAGAAGAUGCGGCCCGCCAUUAAGGAUCACUGGCUGAAGCACCCGGGCCUGGCCCAGCUCUGUGUAACCAUCGAGGAGUGCUGGGACCACGACGCGGAGGCUCGCCUGUCUGCGGGCUGCGUGGAGGAGCGCGUGUCCCUGAUCCGGAGGUCGGUCAACGGCACUACCUCGGACUGUCUUGUCUCCCUGGUGACCUCCGUCACCAACGUGGACCUGCCCCCUAAGGAGUCGAGCAUCUAAGCCCAGGACACGAGUGGAUCUGAAGAGGAAAGGAAAAAAAAGUUGUGUUUUGUUUUGGAAAUCCCGUAACACCAACAAACACAUAAAAUGCA